UAUGCAUGAGAUACCCUGAAACUAGCCCAAAUAAAUACAGCACGAACACACACAAACACGCGCGCAACCCUCAGACUGCGAGGCCUUUGGGAGACAUUGAUGCUGCGAGCAGACAGUCUGCAGCUAUACACGCGAACACGCCACACACAGAGCGAGGGAGAGAGAUGGAGCAAAUUAAGUCCAUAAUACAGGGAAGGCAAACGCAUACUAAUCAUUCGCCCAACCUCUCGCGCGCGCGCAAACAUGCCGUGGCACCAGAAGACCCGAUGCUUUAUUGUCUCGGCGGAUGGAUGGGUGGAGGUCUGGGCGCUAAGCUGAGGAUGCAGGCAUCACGCUGAGGAUGGAGGUGGAUGUAGCAGAUGAGAAGCGCCAUUGCAAACACUCAAAAGUUCCCCUGGAGCCAGCCAUACAAGAGUUGUUCAGUGUGUAUGGCUGUCCUGUCGCCAAGAAGAGAAAACCCCUGGAGAGUCAUGCCCUGGAGCCCUCGCCCAAGAGGAAGGUCUUUCUAACAGUCGUAGACCACAAGUCAAUGGAGAAAUGCUAUAACAAGCACAAAAUUGAGGAGAUGGAUGAAAAAGAUGAGGAAGAGGAGGAGGAGGAGGAGGAGGAAGAGGAAAAGGAAGAUGAAGAGGAAGCGGAAGAGGAAUAUACAGACAACGAGGACCAAUAUGAACAGGAAGAGGUAGAAGUGAUUAAUGGAGAAGAAGAAGAGGUGGAGCAGGAAGAAGAGGAAGUGGUGGAGGAAGAUGAGGAAGAAGAGGAAAGAGAGGGGGAGGAUGAUGAAGAAGAGGAUGAGGUGGAGGAAGAUGAGCAAGAAGAUGAGGAGCAAAUUCAAGGAAUAGAGAGUGACCGUAUGAAUUGCAGUUCCAGCAGGACAAGCCCCUCCAUGGAGAAAGACAACAACAACAACGAUGAAUAUGACAACUACGAUGAACUGGUGGCCAAAUCUCUGCUUAAUCUGGGCAAGAUUGCAGAGGAUGCCGCUUACCGGGCCAUGACUGAGUCCGAGAUGAACAGCAACUCUUCAAACAGCGCAGAAGAGGAAGAGGAGGAGGAAGAGGAAGAAGAAGAUGAAGAGGAUGAAGAAGAUGAGGAUGAGGAGACCUCAAGGAAAGGUGAACUGAGUCUAGACGUCAACAGUGAUGUGGUUAGGGAGACUGUGGACUCUUUAAAGCUCCUGGCGCAGGGUCAUGGAGUCACGCUCUCAGAAAACCUCCAUGAAAAGCCUUUUCAGGACGAUGGGAGCGAGAACACGGACUGUGGUUACAUCAACGGAAAUGGAUCCACGGGUAAUGGAGUAAGUGGUAACUGUGGUAAACCCACCAGUAAUGGCCAGAUGGCAGAGAAGAGCGAUGAGGAAGUUUGUCUAAGCAGUUUGGAGUGUCUUCGCAACCAGUGCUUUGACUUGGCGCGCAAGCUAAGUGAGACCAAGCCAACCGAGCGGUUCCACAAUAACCAGCAGGAGGCUCAUCAGCUUUGUCAAGAAGCCCAACAGCACCAUCAGCAUCAGAGUCCCGAGGAGUCCCAUUUCGUCGAGCGGAAUUACUCUGACAUGGUCAACCUGAUGAAGCUUGAGGAGCAGCUCAGCCCAUGCUCCAAGACUUUCUCCAGCUGUGCAGCUGAGCACAAGAGCUUCCAGGACUGUGAUGAAGACACCACCUCCGUCACGUCGGACCACUCAGAGGAUGUUUUCGACAUGACCAAAGGCAACCUGUCACUGCUGGAGAAGGCCAUUGCACUGGAAAUGGAGCGGACCAAAGCAUUGCGGGAAAAAAUGGCUUCGGAAGCAGUCAGGAGAGACAGACUGCAUUUGCAUGAGCAUGGUUUGAGGCACAGCUAUGCGGAGGAGCGGAAGGCACGCCUGCACCAUGAUGGCCUAAAGAAGCCCUACUACCUUAAAGAUUCCUCACGGUCAGGGAAAAAAGAGAGUCGGUGUCCAACGCCUGGUUGUGAUGGCACAGGUCAUGUGACCGGUUUGUACCCGCAUCAUCGCAGUCUGUCUGGAUGCCCUCAUAAAGACUGA